UGUUUAUUUUAAAUACACAUUCACAGUUAUACAUAGCUAUACAAAAUUCCAAAAAAAGAGCCACAAGUUAUUGUGCAGCCCCAGGUUUUUGUCUCUCGGUUUCUCGCUGUGCAACACUAGAAACAUUGCGCACUUUUUAACACUUACACAGAUUCAUUUCUUUCAUUAUGGCAAUUUAACAUAAACAACAUUCACGCCAACUAAUUUAUUUAACGCCACAGUCAUCGCUCAAACACCGGACUUCAUUUCUGUUGUCAUUCUCGAAAACGCGCUAUAAACGUUAAUUGCAGCAAUAUAAAUAAAACCAGAAAUCGGAAAAGUGAAACUCAUUCGGCAACAGCAGCCAAAAAAAGCAUUUUGUAAAACAACAAGCAUACUAUGAAAUGGCUUAAGGUUAACUUUGGUGAGAAGGUGGCUGAAGCGGCUCUGCAGCGGCAGCAACAGGCGGCGACCGUCGACGAUACAAUGCCCUCGGCCAUUAGUGGCGGCGCGCAUGGGCAAGUGCAUAUACCCAGCAAUGAGGAGUGCGGCAUACGAGACGUGUGGAAACAUAAUCUUGAGGAGGAAUUUCGCACCAUACGAAAGGUAGUGCAAAAAUAUCAUUUUGUUGCAAUGGAUACGGAAUUUCCAGGAGUUGUGGCGCGACCCGUUGGCGAAUUUCGAUCAACGGCCGAUUAUCAUUAUCAAUUGCUGCGCUGCAAUGUGGAUUUGCUGAGGAUCAUACAGCUGGGACUGACAUUCAUGGAUGACGAUGGCAAAACGCCCCCGGGCUACUCCACAUGGCAAUUCAAUUUCAAGUUCAAUCUUAGCGAGGAUAUGUAUGCGCAGGACUCUAUUGAUCUACUGCAAAACUCGGGCAUACAAUUCAAGAAGCAUGAAGAGGAUGGCAUUGAUCCAAUUGAUUUUGCCGAGCUUCUAAUGAGCUCCGGCAUUGUGCUAAUGGAUAAUAUCAAAUGGCUUUGCUUUCACUCCGGCUAUGAUUUUGGCUAUCUGCUAAAGCUGCUCACCGAUCAGAAUCUGCCCGCGGAUGAGAGUGACUUUUUUGAGCUGCUGCACAUCUAUUUUCCCAACAUCUUUGAUAUCAAAUAUCUGAUGAAGUCGUGCAAGAAUCUAAAGGGCGGCCUGCAGGAAGUCGCCGAUCAGCUGGAGCUGCGACGCGUCGGGCCACAGCAUCAGGCCGGCUCGGAUGCGCUGCUAACGGGCAUGGCCUUCUUCAAAAUGCGUGAGAUGUUCUUUGAAGAUAAUAUCGAUCAUGCCAAAUAUUCGGGACACUUAUACGGUCUGGGCACCUCGUUCAUUGUGAAUGGCACCAAUUUCCACGAGAGCAACGGCGAAUCGAACAGCGCCUCAUGAUUUAUCCUGAUGAAGAACGCCGUCGUGCAUGACAAGAAAUUCGAACAAGUUGCUGGAGCUGCUGCAUCAUCAUCAUCGGCUGCUGCUGCCUCUCUCCCAGCCCAGUUAUGAGUAGAGGCAACAUUCACUACAUUCAACAACCGCAUCGUUAGAAAAAAUAAUCCAAACAUCCACAAUUAAGCUAUUGCAAUACAAAACAAUUUACUUACACGAGAUUUUCUAUGCUUUUAAAGAAAGUUUCCACACUCUGUAGAUGUUUUACAACAAAUUUAAAAACAUUAAAAAAAAAAACUAUAACUAAAAACAGUUAAAUUUAAGCGAAACAGAAAAAUUACCUUUGUUAAGGAAUCACUAUCAAGAUCUGUAUGUCUUAAAUGUGUUAAGAAACAAAUUAUGAAAAAUAAGCUAAUAUGUAUAGGCCAACGUGUAUUUGUAUAAAAAAAAAAAACAACAAA